AUGCUGAAUAGACCACAGUCAAGCUUAUCCAUGGACCAGCAAGCGAGUAGGCCGCGAAUGCUGGCAAGCAGGUUGCCGGAGCUGUCCACAUUCACCAAAGAGGAGAUCGAGAGAAAAUUAUCGCAAGCAGUGGAGAGAAGAGAUGCUCUCUUGAGAGACCGGUCAGAAAGGAUACGAGAAAAAUCUGCCCUUUCAAAGGAGAUGCUAGGACGACUCGAAGCCGAGAAACAACGCUUGUUAAAGGAAAAAAUUGAUGAGAAGGAGCAAAAAGCAGCAGACAAGAAAGAGAGACUGAAGAGGAGAAAGGAAAGAAAGGCUGCUAGACAAACCAGACGCACAGAAAGGGCGAAGGCAAACGCAGCCGAGAAAGAAAAGCAAGUUUGUUUGAAUGCAGAGGAAGCACUAAAAGAAAAAAUGAGGGCUGCUGAGGGAAAAAAGGCAGAGAUGAUGCUGGAGCGAGAGAGGAAACGAAAUAUUCACAGGUUCAAGCAGAUUCGAGCAGAAUUGAUAAAGAUGAAAGAAAAUGUAAGAAAAGACAGAUCAACAUUAGAGGAUAGAAAUGAAAAUAUUCCUGGCCAGGAUAAGAGACAGGAGGCUAUGAGGUCCAAAGCAGCGUUAGACAAGGUCUACGCAUUGCUUGAGCAGUCUUCUGAAGAAGAGGUUAGGCUAGAGACUUUUGAUGGCGAUUCAAAUAAUGUAUUCGCUGAGGAACCAGAAAUCACAGAAAUCACAAAGGAUCCCUUCUGGGAUUGCUAG